AUGUACCAACACUUCCGUACGUUUCAAGGCAGGAAACUGACUGAUCAAGAGAGGGCCCGUGUACUUGAAUUCCAGGACUCUAUACAUUACUCACCACGUUAUGCUGAUGACACGAAUGAAUACAGACAUGUCAUGCUUCCUAAAGCAAUGUUAAAAGUUAUCCCUUCCGAUUAUUUUAACUCUGAAGUCGGUACUUUACGUAUCCUGACCGAAGAUGAAUGGAGAGGUCUAGGGAUUACUCAAUCGCUAGGUUGGGAACAUUAUGAAUGCCAUGCACCAGAACCACAUAUUCUAUUGUUUAAAAGACCAUUGAAUUUUGAAGCAGAGAUGAGAGCAGCAGCAGCAGCAGCUCAACAACAACAACAAUCUUAG